AUCAUCUCCACGCGCCGGCGGAUCGGUUGUCGCGUGCACGUUCGUGUUGUGGCCGUUAGCCUGAGACGUCUCGCCGUCGGUACCGGACAGCUCGUCGAAACCGAAGCAGAAAUGUCGGUCACCGAGAUGUUCAGCCACAUCCAGGGUUUCCUGAGUGCCGACCAGGACAUCAGAGAGGAAAUUCGUAAGGUGGUUCAGGGGUUGGAGCAGACUGCCAGAGAAAUAUUGACAUUACUCCAGAGUGUUCACCAACCCUCUGGAUUUAAAGAAAUUCCCAGUAAAUGUGCGAAGGCCAGGGAUUUGUUCUGCACAGUCAAGACACAAAUCGGAGACCUUAAAACCAAAUUUCCAGUGGAGCAGUAUUACAGGUUCCACGAACACUGGCGGUUUGUUCUGCAGCGUCUGACUUUCUUAGCAGCCUUUGUCGUCUACCUGGAAAGUGAAAACCUUGUGACACGGGAAGAAGUGGCACAGAUACUUGGAAUUGAGGUCGUGCGCGAGAAAGGCUUCCACCUGGACAUAGAAGAUUACCUGGCAGGUGUGCUGAUCAUGGCAAGUGAACUGUCCCGGUUGGCAGUAAACAGCGUCACAGCUGGAGACUACAACCGACCGCUUCGCAUCUCCAACUUCAUCAACGAGCUGGACUCCGGCUUCCGUCUGCUCAACCUGAAGAACGACCCCCUUCGAAAGCGGUACGACGGUCUUAAAUACGACGUGAAGAAGAUCGAGGAGGUGGUCUACGACUUGUCUAUCCGCGGCCUGGCCAAGGAGUCCGAAUCGAGCGGAGACAAGUAAAGUGUAGAAGAACCGGCAUCGAUUGUGGGAGAAGAGGAAAGGCACGGCCGCCAUUUUCAGCUGGGACCUGUCUACUGUGGAAGAGCUAAAGCGAGAAGACCCAGUGGUCUACCUGAGACCCCAGCAGGCAAGGACAAAGUGUAUGAGUGUGUGUACUUGUGCAGCUGAAGGCCAUUCUGGUAGUGGGUCAGCAAAGACCAUUCAUGAUGUCGACGCCUUCAUUCCCAUGUUUAAGAUCAAAAGCUCAGCUUGAUGUCAUUUUUUGAAAGUUGUUCUGUUUUUUGUUAUUUUUAUGAUGUCUGAGCUUAUGUACUAAAGUGAACAUCUUACCUGUAUUUGCCUGAAUAUAAGACUUUUUUUCUUUUUUUGUUCAAAUGUGUUCAAAUUUCCUAUCGUCUUAUACUCAGGGCAAUACUGUAUUGAUGUUAAGCAGUUUGUUGAUGUUAAAUGGCAAAAAAAAGAUCCGAUUUAAUUUCAAGCUUUUUUUUUUACGUUUAUAAGAAAUGUCAGGUGUAUGUUCACUUCAAUAACCCACCUCAGGAGUCUCAUUUAUAUAAAAAAACAACAUUUGAUAUUUGGUGUUAAAAAAUAGACAACAGGAAACCAUUUCCGUUUUUCUGAACCUUCAUUUUUAACAGAAAUGUUUGGUCAUUAGCUUCUGUCUCUAAUAAAACAAAAAGUUUAACACAAGAAGCCAAAGACAUUGUGAUGUACUCAAUUGUGUGAAAAGGCUACUGUGAUUAAAUUCCUGCGCUUGGGAACUGUUGCAAGUCGUGCCAUAAAAUAUCUGUUAAGCUGUUAAUAUUUCUAAAAACUUGACGAAGCUUUUAUUUUGAAGUUAUGUUGCUGUAUUUUAAGUGUAUUGCAUUUUCUUGUGUUUUUUGAACUGUUCUGCAUCCUUGACAAAAGAAAAUCAUUUGAUUUUUAUA